CCGGGAAGGCGGCGGGCAAUGGUACCAGCAUGAUCUCGUUGAUCAUUCCCCCCAAAGACCAGAUCUCACGAGUGGCAAAAAUGUUAGCGGACGAGUUUGGCACUGCCUCCAACAUAAAGUCCAGAGUGAAUCGCCUUUCAGUACUGGGAGCCAUUACAUCUGUACAGCAAAGACUGAAACUCUAUAACAAAGUACCUCCAAAUGGUCUGGUUGUUUACUGUGGAACAAUUGUGACAGAAGAAGGAAAAGAGAAGAAAGUCAACAUUGACUUUGAACCUUUCAAACCAAUCAAUACAUCGUUGUAUUUGUGUGACAACAAAUUCCACACGGAGGCCCUCACGGCGCUGCUCUCCGACGACAGCAAGUUUGGCUUUAUUGUAAUAGAUGGGAGCGGGGCACUCUUCGGAACUCUCCAAGGAAACACACGGGAAGUGCUGCACAAAUUCACUGUGGAUCUUCCAAAGAAGCACGGCAGAGGAGGUCAGUCUGCCCUGCGCUUUGCCCGCCUGCGCAUGGAGAAGAGGCACAACUACGUGCGCAAGGUGGCUGAGACGGCCGUGCAGCUCUUCAUCUCCGGGGACAAGGUCAACGUGGCCGGGCUCGUCCUCGCUGGCUCGGCCGACUUCAAAACUGAGCUGAGUCAAUCUGACAUGUUUGAUCAGCGGUUGCAAUCCAAAGUGCUCAAACUAGUUGAUAUUUCAUAUGGAGGAGAAAAUGGCUUCAAUCAAGCAAUUGAGUUGUCAACUGAGGUCCUCUCCAAUGUGAAAUUCAUCCAAGAGAAAAAGCUAAUAGGACGAUACUUCGAUGAGAUCAGCCAGGACACGGGGAAGUACUGCUUUGGUGUGGAAGAUACACUAAAAGCUUUGGAAAUGGGAGCAGUAGAGAUCCUGAUAGUCUAUGAAAACCUGGAUAUCAUGAGAUACGUCCUGCACUGCCAAGGCACGGAGGAGGAGAAGAUCCUGUAUUUGACACCAGAGCAAGAGAAGGAUAAAUCCCACUUCACAGACAAGGAGACUGGGCAGGAACAUGAACUCAUAGAAAGUAUGCCCCUCCUGGAGUGGUUUGCAAACAACUACAAGAAAUUUGGAGCAACCUUGGAAAUUGUUACAGACAAAUCACAAGAAGGAUCCCAAUUUGUGAAAGGAUUUGGAGGAAUUGGAGGUAUCUUGCGGUACCGGGUGGACUUCCAGGGCAUGGAAUACCAAGGAGGAGACGAUGAAUUUUUUGACCUUGAUGACUACUAGGUAGUCGAGCUGGGUCCGGCAACACGUGCCUCGCCCCUCCAGCAUCCAACCCAAGGAGCAAACUCAUGGUGGAAUACACAACUGAUCCCUGCCUUAGAAUUGGAACAUUUCCAGAACUUGAUCCACGAGCAUUUGGAUUUAAGAAAGCAAAACCCUACACUUUGAUUUGUCAUAGUGUCAGUACAGCAGCAAACUACUAAGUUCCUAUAUGCCACUUUGGACUAAUUUAAAAAGAAUCCCAGUUUUUACUUUUACUCAAUGGUGAAAUUGGUUGCUCUUGUAUUUUAUGGAAAUGAUUUUUUUAACCUUCAUGAUACAUUAACUGCUGUAAACCUCUUCCUUCCAAAAUUAAUAGAAGUAAGAUCCUACUGGUUUGUUUCUUUAUACUUUGAUUGGAGAAAUCAAUUGCUGCAUUUGGCAGCGCCGUGACCCAUUUACAUGGCAUUCUCAGCUUAGCCUGCAGAAGAAAUGGAACGAGGUUGGAGCCAUAAUUCUCUUCAAAAGCUUGAGGAGGCACUGACCUGGGUGCUGGUUCAUUACAUGUGGCUUGCAAAUUCUGAUGGUUUGGGGAGGCUCACCAGCCGAACGUGCUUUAAUCUAUUUGCAGAAACACUGCUCUUACAAACUAGGAAAUGCACUUCAUGGAUUGCAAUGAAAAUGCUGCUGGAGUCUUGGGCUUAAUUUGGAUUUGAACAGUGCAGCCUUCAGGAAUUUUUUUUUUUCAGUUUUGACAAAAAUAAACAUGAGAUUUCAGUGAAGUAAGGUACACUUGGCUUUUUGUUCCUCAGUAAGUUUUUCUUUUUGCUUUAGGACUGCGUAAGGUUUCCUUGAUUAUGUGAAUUUGAGCCCACAGGUCUUAAAUGGAAGUGGGUGUUUGACAGGAAUACUGAGUCAGUGGAGUGAAGGCUGAAUUAGUGCUGGGAGUGUGGAAUAUUUGAUUCUGAUCCGUGGAGCACUGGCAUAGCCCUGGGAACACCCAGCUCCCAGCAGUGUCUGUCCUGUGGGGAUGUGCCCUUCAGGAGGUGAAGGAUCACCUCUGGAUGGUCCCAGGCUUUGUGUCCUGCCUGUUCCACAGAGCAUCCAUAGAUCAGGGAGUUCAUCCUUGGGGUAUGUCCAGCCUGCUGGUGACACUCUGGGGGUCAGGGGCCAUGCAGGCCAAGGGAGCAGUGGCUCAAGGGCAGGUCCUGUCCCAGGGGAGCAGUGACACAAGGGCAGGUCCUGUCCCAGGGGAGCAGUGACACAAGGGCAGGUCCUGUCCCAGGGGAGCAGUGGCCCAGCAGAGCUCAGGUCCUGCUCCCUCCCUGGGGGUUCUCGCAGCGUGGCUCCCGGUGCUUCCCUCAGGAGCAGCUCCUGUUCCAGCUGCAAACCUUUGCCUCUUGUCCUGGUUCACUUGAACAGAGGGAGCUUCUCUUCAAAUUUCUGCCACACUGUUGUUUGAGGUCCAAAAUUCCUGUCCUUGUGAGCAAUACCAUUUGUCCCCCUGGUCCCUACCCUGACCGGCGGCUUCACUGUCGUCCUCACAUCCAAGCUGGAAUCUCUCCCAGGAGAUGGGGCUGGGUCUGCUCAGGGCUGAGCACAGCCCUGGCCCUCACAGCAGUAUGUUCUGGAUUUUGCCAUUGUAAAUGGGUCUAAUGUGACAUGACAAGACCACAAAAAUUGGUUGUAAAUUUACAUUUUUGAAUAUACUGCUUGUUGUUUCACAUGAUACAUUAGGGUAUGCAGCUCCUUUUUGUAGUUUUUAUUUUUACUAUUUAAGUUUGGAAAUGAUGCCAAAUUUUUGUAUUUCUUUAAUCAAUGUGUUCUCUUCAGUGAUAUAUAUUGCAUUAUAUAUUGAUGUGUAUAUCAAUAUAUACUGAUAUGUAUUACACUUACACAUGCAAACACACUCAGUGGGGGUGGGAGAUCCUAGCCUUCGCAUACUAUAUAGCCUCUGCAGAGAGAUCCCAAGCAGUGAUAUCUUGGUGUUGUGAUGUACAGAAAUGGAGAAGAGUAUUAAACCAUAUUUAAGAAUAUA